AUGGAGUUUUUACUAGUAGCAGUGCAAGUGGCAACCUUGAGUGUGCAAGAUGAUGAAGAAGAUGAUGAAGGGUACAACCCACCUGAGGUUGAAGAUGAAGACACUGAUGAGAGUGUGGAUACAGAAGAUGAGAAUGAGGGAGAUGAUUAUGGUCCUUUGAUUGAGGAUGGCUUUGAUCCAUUUGAGGAGCCUGUGUUUGAAUGUGAAAAUGAGCACGACAACUAUUUUGCAAAGUUGUACAACAAUGGGGAAGUAUACAAGGAUGAGGGCUUUGGUAAAAUUGUUUUGAAGCCAUGGCAGUUGUUCACAGAUAAGCAGCAUUUGAGAGAUGUUGUUAGGGACUAUUGCAUACAAUGUGGUUUUGCUGUGAUUGUGGACUAUGCAAGCAACUUUAGGUACUCAGUCUCACACUUAGAUAUGAGCUGUAGUUGGAGAUUACAUGCAUCCCUACUGCCAGAUGGAACAACAUGGGCUAUUAAGUCCAUAGAGAAUUCAGAGCACACUUGCCAAGAGAUAUGGGGUCAAUAUGGCUCAGUCCAUUUAUACAGAGUGAGAACACAAGCACUUGAGGAGAUCCAUGGCAGGCAUGAUGUGUCAUACAAAGACCUGCCCAUGUAUUGUGAUGUGAUCAAAGAGUUAAACCCAGGAUGGGCUAAAAGCUGGGUGCAGAAGUCUCAUAGGGGUGGAUGGAGCUCAUCUAAAAGGGCAUUAUGGUGGAGUGCUCUUUCAGCUAUGGAUCUAGAUGGUAAUAAUGAGAUCUUUCCAGUUGCUUGGGAAAUUAUGGGAGGAGAGGAUGCUGAAACUUGGAAGUUCUUUUUAUGGCAUAUGAAGAAUGCUUUACAAGAUAGUGGGAGAGGAGAUGAGUGGUGUAUAAUCUUUGACAGGCAGAAGGUAAUUGAGGUUGCAAUUCAAGACUUAUGGCCUAAAGUGGGUAGGAGGUACUGCUGUAAACAUUUGUUGAAAAACUUCAAGCCACAGUUCCUUGGUUUGUUAAUGUUCUCACUGUUCUGGUUGGCUUGUUGGGCAUUUAACCCUUUCACCUUUAGAAAGGCUAUGGGACGUUUGAAAAAGGCUAAUCCAUUGGCUUUGGAGUGA